UGGGCGUGACGUAACAUUCACGCGCCGGAAGCACUCAUUUCUAGGUUCUCCGCACAGGUCUGGAGCAUGGCGGGGUUCGCUGAGAUCGGGUUGUCGUCGUGGCUGGUAGAACAGUGUCGACAGCUGGGGUUGAAGCAGCCCACGCCGGUGCAGCUCGGGUGCAUCCCGGCCAUCCUGGAAGGUCGGGACUGCUUGGGCUGUGCAAAAACAGGAAGUGGCAAGACAGCAGCCUUUGUGCUUCCCAUCUUGCAGAAGCUGUCUGAGGACCCUUAUGGCAUCUUCUGCUUGGUUCUGACACCCACCAGAGAGCUGGCCUACCAGAUCGCUGAGCAGUUCCGGGUGCUGGGGAAGCCUCUGGGCCUGAAGGACUGCAUCAUUGUUGGCGGAAUGGACAUGGUGGCUCAGGCGCUGGAGCUCGCUCGGAAGCCACACGUGGUGAUUGCCACCCCUGGGCGCCUGGCUGAUCACCUGCGCAGUUCCAACACUUUCAACAUGAAGAAAAUCCAAUUCCUGGUGAUGGAUGAGGCCGACAGGCUGCUGGAGCAGGGUUGCACCGACUUCACCACAGACCUGGAGACCAUCCUGGCAGCCGUUCCAGCACGAAGGCAAACGCUGCUGUUCAGUGCCACGCUGACUGACACACUCAAGGAGCUGCAGGGCCUGGCCACCAACGAGCCCUUCUUUUGGGAGGCACAGGCCACAGUCCGCACAGUGGAGCAGCUUGAUCAGCGCUAUUUGUUGGUACCGGAGAAGGUGAAGGACGCCUACCUGGUUCACCUGGUCCAGACCUUCCAGGACCAGCUGGAGGACUGCUCCAUCAUCAUCUUCACCAAUACCUGCAAGACCUGCCAGAUCCUUUGUAUGAUGCUUCGAAAGUUCAACUUCCCCACAGUGGCACUGCACUCCAUGAUGAAGCAGAAAGAGCGCUUUGCAGCCCUGGCCAAAUUCAAGUCCAGCAUCUAUCGGAUUCUUAUUGCCACUGACGUGGCCUCAAGGGGCCUGGACAUCCCCACUGUGCAGGUGGUCAUCAACCACAACACCCCUGGGCUUCCCAAGAUCUACAUCCAUCGGGUUGGCCGCACAGCCCGUGCAGGGAGACAGGGGCAAGCCAUCACACUGGUGACGCAGUAUGACAUCCACCUGUUGCAUGCCAUCGAGGAGCAGAUCAAGCAGCAGCUGGCAGAGCUGGUGGUGGAGGAGGCUGAGGUCCUACAAAUCCUCACACAGGUCAACGUAGUGCGAAGGGAGUGCGAAAUAAAACUGGAGGCUUCGCAUUUUGAUGAAAAGAAAGAGAUCAACAAGCGGAAACAGAUGAUCCUGGAGGGGAAGGACCCAGACCUGGAGGCCAAACGAAAAGCUGAGCUGGCCAAGAUCAAGCAACAAAACCGACGCUUCAAGGAGAAAGUGGGGCAGACGCUUCGGCGGCAGAAAGCAGGGAGCACUGUCCGACGGUCGCGUCCUCCCAGAUCUCGGCCCCAAGAGCCAGCCCAGGCUGAGGCUCAGGACUGAGCUGUAAACCUGGUGCUGGUGGCCCCUGACUUCAGUAAACACUCUUUGAACCUAUCAAUCCGACUUGAAAAUGGGGUGGGAUGAGUGCAGGGUCUUCAGGUCUCAGGAUCCCAAAGCCUCAGUUGCCCCAUGGGGAUGACUAGUGCAGCCUUCCCUCGCAGUGUCCUGGGGUGCAGGGCAGCAGCAGCCAGGGACAGCAGGUGCCAGCAACGCCACACGUAGAAAUGUAACCUGGGCAGAAGCACUGCCCAAGGAUUCUAGAAAACUAUACAGUGCAAAGCUCAGAGACAGCUGGGGUCCCCUGGCCCCUGCCAGGGCGCCUUGAGGCCGCAGACACUCCAGGGCAGACUAGGGUGCUGCCUCUGCCAGUCGUGCCAGGCCCUCACGCAGCUCGCUGAGCUCAAACAGCCGAACAUCCAGCAGCUGCGCAGCCCGGCCCACCUCUGCCCGAGCGCGCUCCCGCUCGGCCCGCGCCUCCUCCAGGUUGCACUCCAUCGCCCGCAGCUGCUGCUCAAGCUCCGCAUUGCGGGUCUCCAGGUCCUACACGGGGAAGAAGGGGUGGGGUGGUAGCUCUGGUUGCCAGUUAUGUCUGAUGUGGUCCAUGGCUCUCACCGGGUCAGUAAAGUGCCAUUAAAAUGUGAAGUACUGA